CAAACGAACUACGGAAAGCUUGUCAAUAUUAAUUGCACGCGGCGUUCAAAGCGGAAAGUUGAAAAGAAAAAAAAAACGAAAGUGAAUCUUUGAAGGUCAAUGUGUUUAACCGAACGCGUUGAGGUAAAAAUAAAUUUCCCGUUCAGGUUUGGAAGCGUUUGAGAACCAUCAACAAGGAUAACUCGAGUCCUCCGUUUUUCCUCGUAAUGUUGACAUAGCCACUGAAGCGAUGGAUUCGAUUGUGGCGGUGAAAGUUUCACGACGGUCGUAAACAUUGGAUUAGCAGGCAGAUUCCCUCCAGACCACAAAUGCUCAAAACUGCCUGAUGAAUUUCUCCCAAGUUCUACAACUGCAUAUUGCAGUAGCAUUUCUCUGGUUCCACCAAUCCCGUGCUUACAGCUACAACGAGAUCCUGAAGCUGAACGCGUCGUGCAGCCCCAAAGACACCUGCGCCCUACCGAGAGACCUCGACAACUCGGCUGACCACAACUGCGACUGCAGCAGCCUCUGCGUGCUCUACGACACUUGCUGCAUCGAUUCGCAUGUCUUGAACAUCAGCAGCAAGUAUGACCGACCUGCCACCUGUCGAUACCUUGGGCAGUCCCAGGAAGCUAUCUUCAUGAUAGAGGAUUGCUCAUCCAGCUAUGCAGGAGCAAUGGCUAUCCGGCGGAGAUGUGAACAGACGUCUAAAAACUGGAGCGAUCCUUUCAACAACAUACCAGUAACGAAUCCUUAUUCGCAGAAGACGUACAAAUCUCUGUUCUGUGCCCUCUGCAACAGCGAAAAUGUGACUGAUCUCACAAUGUGGCAAGUCAUGAUGGACUGCUCCUCCUUGAAUGACUACAUGCAAAUGUGCACAGAGAACAGAGAUUUUGUGCUCAACAACAUGGUGUACAUCAGUGAAAAGGGACUAUGGGGGCUGUGGUCUUGGGAUUCUAAAUCAGACUGGAAGUUUCGGUACCUCCCGAUCCACUUCCAUGUCCCACCAGGCCUCAAAGAUGUUGUGAAACAUUGUCGUCCCAACCUGAUUUCCGAUUGUCCCACAUCGUGGCAAGAUUCACGAACCAGAAAACUGUGCAAAAGCUACAUGGGUGCAAUAUAUAUUAACGAAGAGGCAUAUCGCAACGUUCACUGUGCCAUUUGUAAUGGUGUGGAGGAUCUGUCGAAUCUGUCUUGCCACGAUUCGAUCAAUGCGACGAGACUGUUCAAGAGCCCAACCAUGUCUUUUGGACUUCUGCUUGACAUAGACCUCAGACAUGGGGACGCGGUUGGAAAUGUUGACAAAACGUGUGGUGAAGAAGAGGUUUAUGAUCCUUUUUCGAAAAAGUGUCGUACCAUCGAAUGUCCAAUUCCAGGUUUUACUUUAAAGAAUCGAAAAUGUGUUCCCUCUUAAGUCACCAGAUACUAUGAUUCCUUUUUGCUUUAAAAAUCAUUGAAAAACAAUAACCUUCAACAGUGUUGAUAAGACAUGAACAUAAAUGUGAACAAUAUGUCAUUUUAAUACUGCAUUUAGGCUAAAGUUCGUGCUUGUGUAAGUUUUUAAAAAUAUCAUAUUGAUAUUAAAGGAGUUUGAAAUCUUACAAAACUCUGUUUGCAGUAACUUGAAAGAUUGAUCGCAAACUGUGUGAAAACGUAGGCCUGUUCAAUAUGGAAAAGAUCUCCGCCUAAGCAACUCUAUUAUGUGAUAUAUUAGAAAAACUCACAAUGAUUGUUCAAAAUGACGGAAGUUACAGCGAACACUUUGCGUUGUAAUGUAAUGGAUAUUGAAAAUGUGGAAGAUCUCGACAAAAAGUACAAAAUGUAAUGGCUAUAAGAGAAUCAUUAUAUUGAGAGA